UUCUGCAGGUAUGCAUUCUGAUCUAGUUGACUGUGAGCAGUUAGAUACGUGAUCCAAAUCUUAUCUACGUCAGUCAGAACUUUAUAUAGCAGACAAUGUCCCAACCGCUGCGAAAAAGCGGAAAUGCAAAGAUAAAGAUGUCACAACCUAAUGAUUAUGGUCUCCAUGGACAUAUUUCCUCACUCAUGGCCAAAUGCUCGAAGUGUUUGGAUUUCCGACAGGUCCGUGCCAACACAAGUGACCGGUCAGCACGAGAGUUAAUAUAGAGGACCCCGCCAUACUUUUGGGUUUGUCUUCUGGCAUAAGCGUAUGCCACUUACGCCCUCGUGUCAUCAACAACGACGCGGUCUGACUCGUCUUUUGGCUUUAUUGGAUUAUUCAAGAUGAUUUCCGGGUCGGAAUUGCGAAUGACCCGAACUACAAUUUGUCCCUCCCUGUCUCUACCGCGUAGAGUAUGUAUUGUGUAGGCGAGACAGGCGAGGUCAUACUGUUGUAUUUAUCUCACUAAGAUGCCCCUUAGGUCUAUAAAGGUCGAAAUGGAAUAAUCUAUCAAUCUUUCAGAAGGAUUGGUUUGAACAGUAGUAUUGUUAUUGAGGAAAAUAUGGCACGAAGACCUGUCAAUCUUAUGGACGGAGAGCGUGCAGUCGUCAUUCUCUGAAGACAUACCUUAGCACCUCGGUGUGAGUCUAUUUAUGAGGUGGACUUAUGUGCCUGACUUGCUCCGUUGUUUCGAGUCGUCACCCCCGGGUAGUGGACUAGGACCUCAGCACAUACAGGGAAACAAGAGUGACGCUUGGCAGAUAACGCUAUGGAUGGGCAAUGUAUUGCCAGUGGGUGAAUUUUACACAGAGUUCCUCGUUUCUGUCAUUGAUCAGUUCUUCCCAACUCAGACGAAAAGAUCCGCUAACCUGAAAGCCGAUGAGGAAGUCGACCGAGGAACCAUCUUCCCUCUCGUGGACCACUAAAAGGUCUCUACUCCGUUGUAUUCGCAUCCGCCAUUCGAGACAGGAGAUGUCUCAUGUGAUGCCUGUGCUCUCUGCGUGCCGGUUCUGCGUGAAGGUGAAACGAAUGCUUUACUGCUAGAAACCUCAUCCCCUUGUAAAGCACUCGGUCAGCUUGCACCAGGAGGAAUGACCGAUUGGGCAGGGCUGAUGUCCGCAUCUGGACAGAAGUGUAGAUCCAUAUUGAGGAACUUGCCUUUCGCCUGUAGAGAACGGAUCCGGUAGAUUAUUCCAUUUCGACCUUUAUAGACCUAAGGGGCAUCUUAGUUCAGACAUUAACAGCUAUUGUAGCUGACUGCGUUCAUCAACUCUUGCGUUCCAGGUACUCUUUUUAGUUAAAAAUGUCGUAAAGUUGGGUCUAAAUUUGAACGUA